ACUCCAGCGUGGUGAAAAUCUCUCGGGCGCGGGACUCCGCGCUGGUGGCAGCCAUCACCCGUCCGGACCGCUUUCCGCCGACUGCGGGGCGCUCUACCCCAGGGAACCUUGAGGGCCAUGACGGACUUGAAUCUGCUGGUGCCAGAGGUAAACGAGGCAGAGGCAAUGGGCCCCGAGGCUGCGCGUUUCCAGGAGCUGCUGCUGCAGGCCUCCAAGGAGCUCCAGCAAGCCCAGACAAGCAGACCAGAAUCAACACAGAUCCAACCUCAACCUGGCUUCUGCAUAAAGACCAACUCAUCUGAAGGGAAAGUUUUCAUCAAUAUCUGUCACUCUCCCUCCAUCCCUCCCCCGGCUGACAUGACUGAGGAUGAGUUGCUUCAAAUGCUGGAGGAGGACCAAGCUGGGUUUCGCAUCCCCAUGAGUCUGGGAGAGCCUCAUGCCGAACUAGAUGCAAAAGGCCAAGGUUGCACCGCCUACGACGUAGCUGUCAACAGCAACUUCUACCUGAGGAUGCAGAACAGCGAUUUCCUGCGAGAGCUGGUGAUCACCAUCGCCAGGGAGGGCCUGGAGGAUAAAUACAGCCUGCAGCUGAAUCCAGAGUGGCGUAUAUUGAAGAACCGGCCUUUUAUGGGCUCCAUCUCCCAGCAAAAUAUCCGCUCCCGGCAACGACCUCCCAUCCAGGAGCUGGGGAACCUGUACACGGCUGACUCCUUGAGACCUGAGGCAGGCCCUGAGAAGCCUCACCUGAACCUUUGGCUGGAAGCCCCUGACCUCCUCUUGGCGGAAAUUGACCUCCCCAAACUGGAUGGAGCUCUAGGGCUGUCGCUGGAGAUCGGGGAGAACCACCUGGUGAUGGGGGGCCCCCAGCAGCUGUACCAUCUGGAUGCCUACAUCCCCCUGCGGAUCAACUCUGAUGAGAGCAAGGCGGCCUUCCAUCGGAAGAGAAGGCAACUGAUGGUGGCAAUGCCCCUUCUGUCCAUGCCUUCUUGACCUGGUGUCUGUGCUUCCAAGUGGGGAGAAGAAGGUGGUAGCUUCUCUAAAACUGAAAUAAAAGAUUUUUGCCUUU